GUGGAGGAGUCGAUCAUGUGAUGCUGGAAGCAGCACUGAGGAUCUGUCCAUUACAGAUGGCGUGGGGAAUAUAGACGUGUCCGUCCACACAGCACUCUAUAAACUCCAUGUGUUCUCUGUCAACGGUCCCCGUCUUAUCACGUUUGAGCUGCUACACGUGCUGAACUUUGACUCUGUCAGGAGGAGAAUGAGCGUCAUUGUCAAGUCUAGUGCAGGGGAGUACCUGUUGUUCUGUAAGGGGGCUGACUCCUCCAUCUUCCCCAGGGUGGUGUCAGGGAAGGUGGGGCAGGUGAGGGCGCGGGUGGAGCAGAACGCUCUGGAGGGCUUGCGGACCCUGUGUGUGGCAUACAGAAGUCUCUCCCUAGCAGAAUACGAGGAGGCGUGUCAUCAGCUGAGCGACGCCAAGCUAGCCCUGCAGGACAGGGAGCAGCGACUGGCGCAGGCUUAUGACCUCAUCGAGAGGGACUUCACUCUGCUGGGGGCCACGGCUGUGGAGGACAGGUAGGAGAGCGGGACACAGGAGGCAGUAAGAGAGAGCAAGUCAC